CAAUGCUUGACUCUUCAAAACACAGAAGAACGAAGCAACUUCAGAACUUCAACAAACGACAUGAAACCGCAACCACCGGUCCGGUCCGAACCGGAGCAUCCGGUUCCGACACUCUCCCCUCGGUUCACCUUCACCCUCGCCUCCGGUUCCCACCGCAAGAUCGCGAUCGCCGUUGAUCUCAGCGACGAGAGCGCCUACGCCGUCCGAUGGGCCGUCCAGAACUACCUCCGCCCCGGCGACGAGGUCAUUCUCCUCCACGUCCGCCCCACCAGCGUCCUCUACGGCGCCGACUGGGGCGCCGUCGACCACAACGCCGAAGAUGGCGACGGCGGAGACUCUUCGGAGGAGUCGCGGCGGAAGCUAGAGGAUGAUUUCGACAACUUCACCUCGACGAAGGCGAGCGACCUGGCGGAGCCACUGGUGGAGGAGCAAAUCCCGUUCAAGAUUCACAUUGUGAAGGACCAUGAUAUGAAGGAGCGGCUUUGCUUGGAGGUGGAGAGGCUUGGGCUCAGCGCCGUCAUCAUGGGUAGCCGAGGGUUUGGUGCUUCCAAGAGAGCCGCUAAGGGUAGGCUUGGGAGUGUCAGUGAUUACUGUGUUCACCAUUGUGUGUGUCCUGUUGUGGUUGUGCGGUACCCUGAGGAGAAUGAUGCUGGUGGGGUUCAUGGAGGAAACGACAGUGUUAGAGUUGGGGAACAUGUAGAACUCCACCCUGUGCCUGAGGAAGAGCACGAGGAGUACCAUGAUGCUUCGGAUGAACAGAAAGAUGCUUAAUGAGAAUAUAGAGCAAUAUCAGUAUCCUACUAACUACAGAAACUGGUCACAGCAUCUAGAGUUCUAGACUUAUGUCAAAUUGAGAAGAAUAUAAAAUUGGGAAGCCUCUUAUUUGGACAGACUUAUACUGUAAAGCGGUUAUUUAUUGGUUAAAAUUUGUAUGUUUUGAACAAGUUUGCAAGAAACAAUGAAUGCUUUAUAUUUAUGUUUGUCUUGUAAAUAUACAUAUGCUACUCUUGUAUGAUUUAUGCGGAAGGAAAGUUGGAUUAUGAGUGGAUGACCUUGGACGAUGGUCGAUGGCAAAAAAAAAUACAUUCCAGA